AGUUCCAAGCCAACACUUUAACCCCAUUAUUAAUAACCUCACAACAUAAUAUAUCACCAUGGUACUUACAUACAUACAUGUGCAGUCACAUGAAGUUCCUAGUUUUAUGUAAUUAACUAUUUUUCACAAAGACUAGUGUCCGUUGGCCACACUGAAACAACACCACUUUUGCUAUUUGCAUAAUUUGUCUCAUCCUUCAAUGAAAAGUUAAAAAAUGAAGAGUUAGUGAAAAGCCAGCUAGCAACUCCACUUCUUAGAAAUAUUUUAAUUUACCUCGGAGACCGAUACCACGUGAAAUCAUGGACAUCUUGGGAUAUUCUUGAUUCAGUAGCCCCACAGUUCAGUACCUUGUAAACAUUGUUCUCUUACCUCUUCUGAAAGUUUGAACACUUUGCUAUUGUUUGAGAUCAUGGCUGGAGUUCUUGUUGGUGGAGCUUUUCUGUCUGGCUUCAUUAAUGUUGUCUUGGACAGGCUCAUUUCUGCUGAUGCUGUCAACUUGGUUGUGGGUAAGAAGCUUAGCUCUGACUUGGUUGAGAGGCUGAAGAAUGCUCUGACAGAUGCUGGAGCUCUUGUUGAUGAUGCAGAGCUCAAGCAACUGGAUAACCAUGAUGUAAUGGAUUGGCUCAACUGUCUCCGAGAUGCUCUUUACACUGCUGAUGACAUGCUGGACUGCGUCUACACCAAAGCUGCAACCAAAAAGGUCACUCUUUUGGGUAGAAUCUUCAAUUCUGAAGACAGGAAGAUGGUGAAUAAAAUAAAAAGGGUGGUUAGAAGGAUAGAAGAUCUUGAGAAACGCAAAGGAAAGCUUGGGCUUGAAAAGAUUUCCACUGCUAGCUUCUCCUGGAAAACUGCAUCCACUUCUCUUGUAAGAGGGAAUGUGUAUGGCAGGGAGGAUGACCAGAAGGCCUUAAUCAAGAUGCUGAAUGACAACAGUGAGCAUCACCUGUCUGUGAUCUCUAUUGUUGGCAUGGGUGGUGUUGGUAAAACUACUUUGGCUCAAUGGAUGUAUAAUAAUGCAGAGUUGAUGGAUGGAUUUGAUAGGAAAGCAUGGGUUUGUGUUUCAGAAAACUUCAAUAUUGUUGAGACUACAAAGAAUAUAGUAAGGGAGAUCUCUACAAAUACUCAGGAUCUUGAUAGCUUCAAUUCAAUUCAACAUGCUUUGAAGAAAGGAUUGUCCGAAAAGAAGUUCUUUAUUGUUUUGGAUGAUGUUUGGAGUAAUGAUCAUCAUCAAUGGAAGGAUUUUCUAGCCCCUUUUCAAUAUGGGGUUAAGGGAAGUACUAUUCUUCUAACUACUCGCAAGGAAGAUGUCGGUUCAGUUGUCCAAACAAAUUAUCACCCUCACUAUCUCAUUCCAUUAUCAGAAGACUACUGUUGGUCAGUGUUUGCAGCCAAUGCUUCUUUUCCAGAAUCAAAUGGGAGCCCGACACUAGAAGGAAUAGGCAGAAGCAUUGCUAGGAAGUGUGAUGGUUUGCCAUUAGCAGCCGAAACCCUUGGUUGCUUGUGCAGAAGGCAUGUUGCUGAGGAAUGGGAAAAAAUAUCAAGGAGUGACAUUUGGGGAUUUUCUAUAAAUGACAGUAAGAUUAUUCCAGCAUUGUUAGUAAGUUAUCAUCAACUUCCUUCAUAUUUAAAGCGUUGCUUUGUUUAUUGUUCAUUGUUUCCCAAAGAUUAUCACUUUGAGAAAGAUGAACUAAUUUUGUUGUGGAUGGCCGAAGAUCUUUUAAGACUACCAAAGAGAGGAGAGAGCUUGGAAGAGGUUGGUUGCAAGUGUUUUGAAGAAUUAGUUUCAAGGUUAUUCUUUAAAAAGCUUCAAGACAAUGAUGAGUAUUUUGUGAUGCAUGAUCUCUUGCAUGACUUGGCAAUAUUCCUUGCUGGAGAUUUCUAUUGGAGAAUAGAAGAACUUGGUGAACAAGAAGAAAAGAAGGUUUUCACUCGCCAUUUGUCAUAUUUCUCACCUGGAAGGUUAGAUCGUCCAAUCUCAAAAGUCUUUAACUCCAAUGCGAAGUUGGAAUCUUUGAGGACAUCGUUGUAUAUCGAUGAUUUGUUCAGCAUGGAAAGUGUAGCAUCUAGGUUUAUAUGCUUGAGAGUUUUAUCCUUUCAUAAACUUGAUGUAUUACCUGAAUCAAUAGGUGAAUCGAUUCAUCUACGGUAUUUGAAUCUCUCUUGGACUGACAUUAACAGGUUGCCAGAAUCAUUGUGCAACUUGUAUAAUCUACAAACAUUAAUAUUGUACGGAUGUUCUAAGUUGACCAUGUUGCCCAUUAGCAUGCACAAUCUUGUGAAUUUACGGCAUCUUGAUCUUAGGAAAACUUCAUUGGAAGAAAUGCCUGGAGGAAUAAGCAAACUGAAACACUUGCAUACUCUACAUUCCUUUGUGGUGGGCAAGCAUGAAGAUAAUGGAAUCCAGGAAUUAGGAGGACUCUCAAAUCUUCAUGGGUCAUUUGAGAUUAAGAAAAUGGAGAAUGUUGUUAAUGUCAGAGAAGCAAGGAGUGCAAGGAUAAUAGAUAAGAAGCACAUUGACAAAUUAUGCUUGAAAUGGUCUUCAGGUGAUGAUAAAGUUUCAAACCCAAAAAGAGAAAGAGAAAUACUGGACAGCAUGGAACCGCACAAUGGCUUGAAGGAGUUGAAAAUCAAGGGAUACAAGGGUACAAUAUUUUCAGAUUGGUUGGGAUACUGUUCAUACAAAAAUAUGACAAGUGUAUCUCUAAAGUCUUGCAAGAAUUGCCACAUGCUGCCUUCGCUUGGACAGCUGCCAUCUCUUAAGUCCCUCUGCAUUCAAAGUUUUGAUCAGCUGAAGAUUAUUGGCAUGGAGUUUUUACAAGAAUGAAGGCCAUCAUCAUUCUUCAUGUAUUGCAUCUUUUCCCUCACUCGAGACAUUGGAAUUUACGAAUUUGCCAUGUUGGGAGGUGUGGCACUUACCUGACUCGGAAACGUUUCCUCAACUCAGGAAGCUUGAAAUAAGAGAUUGUGAAAUGUUAAACGGAUAUAUGCUUAAUCAGGUAUUCUUGAGAAUCCUUUCUUCUUGGUCGUAUGUUUGCAAAGUUCGCAAAUUGAAAAUAGCGGAAUUUUAUGAUUCAUGGCCUCAAGAGAUGUCACUUUAUGGGGAUACUUUAUCAAUUUGGCUGUAUGAAUGUAAGACAUUUAGUAUCAAGCAUCUAAGCUGCCUCCAAGAAAUAGAAAUCAUAUCAUGUUCGUGUGAUAUGUCUUUUUUGAGUGAUUGUUUCCCCAAGUCUUUGCAAAAGCUGAAAAUCACAGGUUCUAGAUAUCUGGAGUUCCCGGAGCAACAGCAGCAGAAAUAUGAUUUGAUAGAGCUACAAAUAUAUUCCAGCUGCGAUUC